UAAAUACCGGUAUUCUCCAUAGAUACUUACGAUUUAGAAUGUCUGGAAAUCUCCUGUAUCUAAUAGACUGAGAAAAACUGCGUGGAUUAGGUAACAUAAUGGUUAGUUAACCUACUGCUGACCUUAUUAUCCAAGAUGGCAGAAAAGGAGAAUACUUCAAAGAAAAGCAAAAUCACUGGACCAUGUCCUUUUGGAAAAGCCAACUGGCUGUCCAAAUUCACUUUCUGGUGGAUGUUCCCAGUGUUCCGCUAUGGCUUCAGACACCCGCUGACACAGGAUCACCUCUAUGAUGUUCUACAGGAGGAUGAAUCUGGUGUGUUAGGGGAUCGCAUGGAAAAAUCAUGGGAUGCCCAUGUAAAGAGAUGUGGGGAGAAGAACAAGAAGCCAAGUCUUUACUGGGCAGUGAUUCUGGAGUUCAAAUGGGAGUGGGGCAUUAAUGGCAUAUUCCUAGUAAUCUCCGAAGCAAUUAGGAUUUUACAGCCAUUUCUGGCAGGGCAGAUUGUGUCCUACUUCCAGCCGGGCUCCACCCUGUCCAAGACUGAGGUGUACAUUUACGCUACUGUGAUGGGGGUCAGCACCAUGAUAGAGCUUCUUGUCAAUCCAAAAUAUUUUUUCACCUGUCACCAUCUUGCUCUGAAAAUGAAAGUAGCUGUCGCUAGUCUUAUAUACAGAAAGAUCUUGAAAAUGAGCAGCUGGUCAAAACAUGCAACAACAUCAGGAAAGAUUAUCAACCAUUUAUCAACUGAUUUAGAAAAAUUCACAUAUACUCUGGAGAGCUUCCAUUUCUGCUGGUUGGGUCCCCUGGAGAUAGGUAUCAUUAUGUAUCUAUUAUACAGACAGAUCGGGUACAUCGGUCUCCUGAUUCUGGUGGUCAUUGUUGUUCUUCUACCUCUCCAGGUCGUCUUAGGCUGGCUGUACGGAAAACUUAGGAUGACAAUAGGGGCAGCAGGAGAUAAAAGGAUUCAUUUGAUGAACCAGAUCAUUGCUGGAAUGAGGGUCAUCAAAAUGUACUGCUGGGAAAAACCAUUCAGUGAAAUCAUCUUUAAACUCAGAAGGGCAGAGAUGGCCCAGAUAUGGAAAGCUUACAUCUGGAAGGCUAUCAACAUAGGGGUUUUCCAAACAGCCACCAUGAUAAUUGUCAUGUUUGUAUUUGGAUUGGCUUGGUACAUGGGGGUUCCGCUCUCCACACGGAAGAUCUACAGUGCCCUAGGAUGGAUCUUCUGUCUCCGAUUGACCAUCUUCUUGUUUAUGAUGUACAUGGUGGAAGAUAACAAGCAACUGUCAUCAGCACUUAAACGAAUACAGUCUUUUCUUGCAGUGGAAGAUAUGAAGAUGUUCCCCGAGUUUGAUGAAAUGACUAAAUCCAUGGAAGAUGCUGGUGUGUCUGUCUGUAUCCAGGACGUGACUGCUAGCUGGCAUGUUGCCAAUGAUACUGACAAGGACGAAGUCACUGACAAACUUGUGGACAAAGAGAUGACUCAAACAUUUUCUUUGAAGAACAUCAAUUUAAAUGUCAAACAGGGAGAACUGCUAGCAGUAGUUGGACCAGUAGGAGCAGGAAAGUCUUCCUUGCUGUUGAGUGUCCUGAAAGAGUUGCCACCAACCCUGGGAAAGCUCCAGGUGAUCGGCAGUGUGGGAUACGCCUCCCAGACUCCUUGGGUGGUAUCGGGAACAUUGCAGGCAAACAUUACAUUUGGGGAGGACAUUCAAGAAGACCGUUACCACAGAGUCCUCCGUGCCUGUGCUCUAUAUAAGGAUUUAGACCAGAUGAAGUUUGGAGACCAAACCCGGGUCGGGGAGAGGGGACUGUUGCUAAGUGGGGGACAGAAGGCAAGGCUAACACUUGCCAGAACUGUCUAUAGAGAAGCUGAUGUGUACCUCCUGGAUGACCCUCUUGGAGCAGUGGACACUGAUGUAGGCAGCCAUCUGUUCCAGAAGUGUAUUUGUGAGUUUUUGAAAGGCAAGACAAGAAUCCUUGUUACCCAUCAACUGCAAUAUCUUAGGUCUGCUGACAGAAUCAUCAUCCUUAAUGAGGGGAGAAUAGUGAAUUGUGGUACUUAUGAUGAACUUGUGAAACAGGGAACAGAAUUUUCGACAAUCCUAUCUGAUCAUGACAAGGACUUAGAGAAGAAAGAAGGAGAAGAGGACAAGAAUGAAAAAAGAAAAGGAGAAAAAAAUACAAAAGAGAAUACAGAGGAGGAAUUUUCAAAGUAUGGUAGUGUCGGAUGGAGAGUGUACAAGGAUUACUUUUUGACAGGACAUCCCUGGUUGUAUUUACCUAUUGUCAUACUUCUUCUUAUGGCAACUUAUGCUUCCUAUGGGUUUGCUGACUGGCAUUUUGCUAAGUGGGCAGAAUCAGCUGAUUUACUCAAUGUUCAGAGACAAACUGGACAGUCAUCUGGAAAUCUGGACCCAGCUGUCAUCAAUAUGUCAAAUCAAUCACUAGAACAAAAUUUGACCUACAGCAUCUCCCCCCUAAAUCACACCACUCUAUACUCCAAUGGUACCUCCAUUGUGUCCGCCACCCAGCAGUAUGUUGAUCUGUUCAUGAAGACCUACCUAGUUGCCAUAUCUAUAUUUAUUGUUGGUGUUGCCCUCUUUGGAAUGGCAUAUUUUAGAAUGUCAGUCUGCAUUAGUAAGAAACUUCACAACACCAUGUUCGAUAUCGUCAUUGGAGCCAAAACACAUUUCUUUGAUUCUAAUCCUGUUGGUCAGAUAUUAAAUAAAUUUGCAAGAGACCUUGGAAUGAUAGAUUCUGUCAUACCAUCUUUAGCCUAUGCUGUGAUAGAGACAUCCAUUCGUCUGCUGAUGCAGAUAGUCAUCACUUGUAUUGUAAAUCCCUACCUGUUGUUACCACUAACCCCAUUGGUUAUCCUGAUUUACAUACUAAGACAGUUUGCGCUACCAACCACCAGAAAUAUGAAACGUUUAGAUUCCAUCACCCAGAGCCCGGUGUUUUCCCAUAUAUCUGACACCCUAGUAGGACUCCAGUCCAUUCGAGCACUUGGAAUGGAUCGGAAGUUCCUGACGGAUUUUGACAGAUUACAGAACAAGCACACCAUUGCAGCCUUCAUGUUCUUGGCAUGUAACAGAUGGUUCAGCCUACGCUCACUGUUCUGUCUCAACGUUUACUUCAUUCUAGUCAUAUUCCUAUCUCUGGCCCUCAGAGACUCUAUUGGAUUAUCUGGAGGGUUGUUUGGAAUGGCCAUAAACUACCUCCUUGUAAUGGCUAAUCCAUUUGAAUACUUAAUGAGGGUAUCCACCUCACUUAACACACAGAUGACUUCAGUGGAGAGGAUUAUGUCAUAUACAAAAUUGGAACAAGAGGCCCCCAAAGUGUCGGAAUUCCCUCCUGCUUCCUCUUGGCCUCUUUAUGGGGAAAUCAAACUAGUCAAUGUGGGACUGCAGUAUUCUGAUGAUACUGACCAGGUCCUACACAAUAUCUCCUGUCAUAUCCACAGUCAGGAAAAGAUUGGAAUUGUGGGAAGGACAGGAGCAGGAAAGAGUUCCUUACUGGCAGCUUUACUGAGGCUGGCAGAACCCACGGGAGAGAUCCUUAUUGACAAUGUCAAUGUACUGAAGAUAGGCCUCCAUGAACUCCGCAGCAAGAUCUCGGUCAUUCCGCAGGAUCCAAUUCUAUUUAGUGGUACUUUGAGGAAGAAUUUAGAUCCAUUUGAAGAAUACACAGACGACCAAUUAUGGGAUUCACUGGAACAGGUGCAGCUCAAACUUAAAGUCCAGAGUGAGAGUGAGGGCCUGUACAUGGAGAUGACCGAGAGUGGACAGAACCUAAGUGUAGGACAGAGACAGUUGGUCUGUCUGGCUCGGGCCAUCCUGAGACAAAACAAGAUUUUGGUGCUAGAUGAGGCCACAGCCAAUGUUGAUCACAACACAGACACCUUAAUUCAGGAGACCAUUAGAACCAGGUUCAUGAAGUGCACAGUUCUAACAGUGGCCCACAGAAUUCAUACUAUCAUGGACUCGGACAGAGUUAUGGUGUUGGAACAUGGAAAACUCGUUGAAUUUGAUACACCUUACAAACUACUUCAGAGGGAAGAUGGAUUCUUCACAAAUUUGGUUCAGCAAACUGGAAAGGCCCAAGCAAAACAUUUACUGACAUUAGCUGAAAAAUACCACAAGGAAAGAUCAUGAUAACUGCAUAUUUUUGGUAUAUAAUAAAGGGGAAAAUAUG